UGACAAGGGAACACCUCGAUGUACAGCAAUGUGAGGGGCGUGAGGGGACGAUUCAAAACUGAGAUGCCCAAAUACUGUCCGACCGCAGCAGUAUGAGCAACAGAGACGCGCGUUAGGGGAAAAACGCUCAAACUAAAUGGGAAUCGUCUGCUUUUAAAGCGAUAAACGUCCGCGGCCGCAGCAGGAGCGGGCUGACGCAGAUCACAUUGAAAGAUUGAUUGCUUUUGUUCUUCUGGGAAGGGUGAGGAGCAUCCUGCCGGACCUCGGGAUCCCUCUGAAGAUGGAAGAAGAGCGCGGUCGGAAUAAAGAGCGUCUGGAGGCCGGUCUGACGUGGCUGUGCGAGCUGGAGAUCCUGAAGCAGCGGCAGGAGAGUCUGGUCCUCGGCGCCCUGUCCCUCGGGGACUCGGCGCCGGGAUGCCCGGCUUGGGGUGAUGUAGGUCCGGCCCGCAGCAGCAGAGAGCAGGAGCAGCUCACUUUAAGACGACAGCUGAACCGACUCCAGGGCGCCCCCACACUGCUGAUGCUGGCACUGCAACAGCAGCUCAGUGAGUUAAGGUUGGAUACAGGACUCACGUGUGAGCAGAAUACAGACGAGGAUCUGGACAGUCCCAGUGCAUCAAGCUCAGGGUUUUACGAGCAAAGUGAAAGUCUGUCUCCUCCACUGCGUUCCUGUUCCUCCCCAAACCUCAGUGUGUCCUGUCACAGGCCUAGAUCUGUCGAUGCCUACAUGCUGGACUGGGAGGGUCAUAUGGAGCCCACAGUACAUGCUGUCAUGCCCCGCUCAUUUUCUGCCCCGUACCCCCCACUAGAGGGUAUCGCCGAGGGAACAGAGGAGGAAGAAGAAGAUGAAGAAAGCCCUCAGUGGGUUACAGAUCAGACAGCUAAUGAAAGCCUGACUCCAGAGAUGAGCCUCACUUCUGAUGCCGAGGCAGAUUCUGAAUUGAAGCUAGAUGACGGCCCAACGGAAGAAGACAUCCAGCAGGCAAUGCGUGUGGAAACGUACAUCCUGGGACUCCUGCAGCGACGACACCUCAGAUCUACAGCAGAACUCCACUCUGAUCCCAACCAGUGGCAUGACUUACACACAUACCCACCCAGUUACCCACAGCUUGACCAACAGGAAUGGCAGGAAUGGGCAACUCUUUCUGAGGAAGACAAUGAGCGUGAAUCCCAUGAUGGAUAUUACAUGAACCUUCCCAGUGCCCAAGCUGGGCCAACUUCCCUAAGCAGUGAGGAGCCAGAAUCCUCCUUGGAAAUGGAUCAGUAUGGGCUCGAAGAAGUCUACGCCAGUGGCCACGACUCCCCUCGGCAUCAUCCAGUUUACGUCGAACGCCGUCCCACGAUGUCAGACACCUUGAAACCCCACAUUCACACCUGCUGCAAUCACACCUGUGUACCUACGAUGUCAACUCCCGAGUCCCAUGAGCAACCCCAGCCCAUUCCAUCCCAAAAGUGGGCCCUUCUUCGGUCCCUAGCCAGAAGGAGUGCAGAGGAAAGGUGGACAACUCCAGGAGAAAGACAAACCAAGUCAACCAUCCGCUCUCGGUCAGAGGACAGUUGCGUCUCUCAAGGAUGGGCAGCCCAAUCAGAGCAAAAAUACUAUACGGUGGGAAGGGAUAUGAGCAGGCAUCAUAGUGAUGAAUUUUAUCCAUCUAAUCAACGACUCUGGUGCUCCUCGGCGGACCUCAGUCAAGAAGAAGAUGAGGGGAUAUUCAGAGAAGAUGUGAAUGAAUUCAGACCAAAUCAGUUACCCGCCAAACGCACUAGUGUUCAGUUCGCGGAGCAGGACCAAAGGGUGCAAGAAGCUGCUUCUGCACCAACUGAUGGGUCUGACUCCAGUCUAAGCGAGACUUUCUCUCCAGGAACCAGUUCACUGUCCAGUGACUCAGAUGAGAGCGGAGGUCUGGUCUGGCCUCAGCAACUGCCUCCUCGCUUGCUCCCAUCACCCUCUUCUUCGCAGAAUUCAUCCAAUGCCGUGGUCAAGAUUAAAGCCUCGCAUGCACUCAAAAAAAAGAUCAUGCGAUUUCGUUCAGGCUCUCUCAAACUCAUGACCACAGUCUGAGACUGGCCAUAAACAUCUCUGCCUAUUUAUACGUUAAACUUCAUUCGAAAGCUUUACAUAAUGCGCUUUACUUUAUACAUGACGUACUGAAUACUGUUUCCGGGUCCAAGCCUUUACUCCAUUUUAACUGAUGAUACUGUCUCAACAGCUGUAGAUGAGUAUUUAUUUAUAGCUUGCCUUUAAAGGAACAGUUGACCCAAAAAUAAAAAUUAUGUCAUCAUUUACUCACCCUCAAGUAGUUCCCAACCUGUAUAAAGAGAUAUUUUGAAUUAAGUUUUUAACCAGGGUCACCAUUGACUUCCAAAAAAAACAGUUAAUGGUGACCCUUUUAGUUAAUCCUUUUUAUCUUCCUUUGUGUUCGGCAGAACAAAGAAAUUGAUACCGUUUUAGAACUACUUGAGAGUGAGGAAAGGAUUUUUGAAUUUCAAUUAACUAUUCCUUUAAGGUAAACUUUUAAAAACAAUACGUGGUCUCAAUGGAUACUAUAUUUUAAUUAUUUAGAAAAAAUAUAUGACAUUAGGAUCAUGGUUUUUACUGUUUUUCACACCAUGGUUGUAUAUUAGCACCAAUUGUUACUUGCUUUUGUAAGCUGAUAUAGCUCUUGGACCCAGAAACUCUAAUGUGAUUUAAAACUGAAACCAGAUUUACACUUUUUUUGUUUUGUUGUUUUUCUUUCCAACAGCAUCUUGCUUUCCUGAUUUUCCUCUGGCAUUAUUUAUGUUUCUUCUUGUUAAUAAAAGACUUGAUGAGAUGCAGCGACAAGAUACAAAACAAACCCAAUAAGCACACCAACCCCAUUAAAAGAUUGUAUGGUUUUGGAUUUAAGUAGAAUUUUUAGUUUGCCCAAAACUGAAGAUUCUGUCAGCAUUUACUCACACUUAUGUCGUUCCAGACCUGUGUUACUUUCUUUUGUGGAGAACAAAAGGAGCCUGUAGUAUUUUUUCCAUACAAUUUGUCCAAACUAAAUGCUGACCAAAACUGAUCGCAUUUAUUUAAAAGAAUAAAGUAUUUUAUUAUUUAAAAUAUCUUUUCUGCAUUAAUCAUAAUGAAAGUGAUACAGAUUUGGCACAACAUGAAGGUGAGUAUAUGCCAUAACUUACUUUUUUGGGUGUUCUAACCCUAAGAGGGACUGUGGGUCUGUAAAGUUCAUAAAUUACUUUUUUCUGCUUCAAGUUCUCAGGCAUGCUCAUAAAUCUCUAUUCAACAAUAAUGCUAUACUGUAUAUUUUAGCUUUUCGCUACUAAAUGAAGCCAUUUUAAUAUCACUGUUUUUGUAAUUAUACAAAAGACAUUGGGGGGAGAAGGCAAUAUCAGAAGAAAGAGUUAAACAGGAUCAAGAAAAUAACCUUGAGAGAGGACUUGAAUUCAGUUUACCUGAAGAGUGUGGCCCAGUUUUCAACACUCAUCACACACACUGUUUUUAUACUGUAUAAACCGUAUUUUCUAUUGCCCUACACCUAAACCUACUCCUUACAGGAAACUACUGGCAUUUUUUGAAUAUCAUAAAACACUGUUUAGUAUGUUUUUUAAUCCUUUUGUUUUAAACCAUGUUUAUGUCGUAAUGCCCAUGUCAUUAUACACACAAAUGCCAGUGCACACACAUGACAGGAUGUGCCUGGGUUAAUGGAGGCAUCUUUAUCAGUACUACGUACCACUUUGCCUGCCAUGUCCCAGGUGUUGUCUAUAGAUUGCACAUACGUUAUCCAUUCAUAAGAAUGAAGUCAGCUUGAAUAUUUUGUAGCAUGUUUGUUAAAACGCAUUUGUAGUGUACUGAAAAUUUUUCAACGUUUAUAACAAUUGGGUAGUAUUUAUACUUUAUGAACUUUGAUAUCGCAUAGGAUCCUUACUGGCGCCACCUAGUGCACUGGAGGACCGGGAUGUAUAAUUUUCUUUCUGCUACACAGCCAAACUCCCUCAUACUUGUGAUCUACAGUGGAAAUGCAUUCCAGCGCGGAGUGUGUUAAAAUAUGUCUUGCCUGAACAUAAUUUUUCAACUUUUCUGAUUUCAUGCUCACAAUGUAUUUUGGAGAUUUUCACGUUUGAAAAUGCUCUUUCCUGCUUACUGCAUGUUUUAAAUAAACUCUCAUUCACGGUCUCCCAUGAGUGUGAU